AUGGGCAUCUUCCCAGAAGGCUAUUUGAUUGAACAUCAGAGAUUGAUCUGGCUGUGGAUAGCAGAAGGAUUUGUGGUAGAAAAAGAAGAGAAGACACUUGAAGAGAUUGCUCAAAACUACCUCAAUGAGCUGAACCGGAAUCUGAUCCACGUUGCUGAAAGAGGGGGUGUUGCAUAUGCGGGGUCUGCCUUUGGAGAAAUUUCCAGAAAAGUCACGGGUUUUUUCCCUGUAAGUAAGCAAGGAUUUACGCUCCAGGCAGGGACAGGACAGUUGCAUUUCUUGCAAUUGCAAAAGCUUUCUUUUGUACACUUAGAGCAAGGUGGAGACAUCCUUAAAGAGCUACAGAGGCUGAGCCAAUUGAGGAAGUUGAAAAUUACGAACUUAAGAAAGGAAGACGGUCCACGUCUGUGCUCUUCGGUUGAAAAGAUGAGAAACCUCAUGACAUUAGACGUAACUUCAACUCAAGAGAAUGAAAUAAUCGAUCUAAGUUCUCUAUCUUUUCCUCCCUCACUUCUCAAAGGAUUAUACUUGAAAGCUAUUCAAGCUCUUCCAAACCUGGUGGAUAUUCAGCUUCUUGAGGCCUAUGAAGGAGAAGCACUAUUGUCAAGGCUGGAGGAUUUCAACGACUCACGUUGCAGUGCUUUGAAGAAAGUGCCAGUGCCGUAUGGCUGA